ACUGUGACAUGAAAGGAUGCCAUGGGGUGGAGCCAGUGUGACAUUAGGGCAAGAGUCAAUGUGACAUGGGUGAAGGCUCAGUUUGUUAGGUGAGGUGUGUAGCUCACAGAGGAGGGAGUUUAUUUUGAACUUGAGGGCUAGUAAAUGUCACACAGAGAGGUGAAGAUCAGCCACACUAAGUGAAGACAGCUUCUAGGAGAUCAGGCUUGUUGGUAGUUCACUCCCUUCCCAGGUCUUCUUACUGCAAGAGGGCAUGGAGAUCACAGACAUGAAACACCUCUUUCUAGUCUUCAGCAUUCUGACAGUGACUGUAGUAACAACAAUAACUGUAAAACCAACACCGAUACAAGUAAAAUUAGCCCAGCAGUUCAAUCAGAUGGACAUCAAAACUGUACCAACCUUUUUGGUUUUCCUGAACUCAGAAUAUAAGUCUUGUUUGGGGACCCUGAUCCACAAACAGUGGGUUCUCACUGCAGCCCACUGCUUCUUGCCAUUUCUUGAGAUAAACAUUGCUGCUUCAAAAGAGAGUUUCCAAAACAAGAUUGGAAACUUAAGACCCAUGCUUACUGUCCAACACCCAGAUUUUACCCGGGAUUCUGCUGAGCAUGACCUCAUGCUUAUCAAGCUGAAUCAUCCCCAAAAGCUCAACGAUCAGGUGAAGCUGGUGGUUCUGCCCAAUACCACAGAUGACAGAAGAGGGGAAAAGUGCACAGUCUCUGGCUGGGGCUGGGAAUGGAAGAAUUCCAACACAGAGCCUGAUAUCCAGCUAAACCAGACUGUCUUUUGGUUCUCUAAUGAUGACUGCCAAGAGACUCCAGUAGGACAAAUUCCUGUUAAAAUCACAGAGAACAUGUUCUGUGCAGGAUCAUCUCUGGAGAACACACACACAUGUAAGGAAUUACCUGCUGCCCCAAUCCUGUGCCAGAAUCAGCUCCACGGGAUCCUAUCUUGGUCAGCAGGAUGUAUUCUGAGAGGGGAUAUUGGCUACUACACCAGGGUUUCCCACUAUACAGACUGGAUCUGCAAAGUCAUCCACAAUAACUGAGCUCUCUCUAGUCCCUCUCCCAGGGCCUCAGAACUGGGUCUACCAUCUUAACCCUUCCUUUCCCUCGAGCCUCAGAACAAGAUGGGAAUAGCGUCUUUGGCUAUC